AAUAUGACUUCCAUACCACUGCAAUCCAACAGUCCAUUUUUGGCCAGGUAUUUGGCACUGCAACAGCCCCGGGACAAGAUUCUGGUCACCUAUGUAUACCUACACCCGGGUAACGACAAUUUGGCACAUUUUAGCAGUAAGUCUCGUGUCGUAGACUUCGUACCCAAAAAGGCCUCUGAAUUGCCCAUUUGGGUGACGGGUGUGGUUACCGACACGUGCACUGAGAUACUGCUCCGACCCGUCCAGAUAUACAAUGACCCCUUCCGGGGCGGCGAUAAUAAAUUAGUUUUGUGUGAUAUAGUAACGGAAGAUAUGAAACCCCUGUCCAACAACUAUAGAUACAGCUGUAAUGAGGCCAUGGAGUUGGCGCGGGAUCAACACCCGUGGUUUGGUAUAGAACAGGAGUAUAUGCUUAUGGAUGGCAAUGAGCGUAACUGGCCGUUGGGUUGGCCUAAAAAUGGUUAUCCCGACCCCAUAUCGGCGCCGCGAGCUCUAUAUCACGCGGCUGUCGGCGCUAACAACCAGUACGGGAGAGACGUAAUGGAGGCCCACCUGAGGGCCUGUCUGUAUGCCGGCGUUAAUAUCAGUGGUGAGAACGCGGAGGCACAACCAUCUCAAUGGGAAUACCAGGUGGGUCCCUGUGAGGGCAUAAGGAUAGGGGACGACCUAACAAUGUCCAGAUAUAUACUGAUCAGAAUAGCCGAAGACCUACACAUUGGCAUAUCUUUUGAUCCCAAACCAGUGGCCGGUUGGAUGGGAUGUGGCGCUCACACCAACUUCAGUACUGAGGCUAUGAGGGCGGAGGGAGGGCUGGCAGAGAUUAAGCGUGCGAUGGAUAAGCUAAGCAAAAAUCAUGCCAAACACGUCCAGGUGUAUGACCCCCAUGGAGGUGCAGAUAAUACACGACGACUAACCGGUCAGUUAUGGUCAUCCGAUUUAAAUAAGUUCUCGUGGGGUAUUGCCGAUAGAGCUGCCAGUGUUAGGAUCCCUAAGCAAGUGGCACAGGCAGGGAAGGGCUAUUUUGAGGACCGGAGACCAGCCUCUAACUGUGAUCCUUAUGCCGUUACCGAGGCACUGGUGCGCACCUGUUGUCUCAAUGAAUAG